UUCUAGGUAUAAAAAAGAAUGACCUCAUAGGGGUGGAGCUCUGGGACUCCGUACAGGUGGCAGUCACAGCCAGGUAACCCUGGAGUGAAGCCGUUUAGUAAGAAGGGGGCAGUUAAACUCGUUACUCUGGUGGCUUUAACUCUGACUCCAAGACACUGCAACAAACAGCCAUUGCCUACAAGUCUCCAGAGCUUGUCUUUGCCUCAGAUGGAGCCCAAAGAAGCCACUGGGAAAGAGAACAUGGGCACCAAGAAGAAGAAUCUGACCUUCUUAAGGCCCAGGCUCUAUAUGCUGGAGAGAAGGAAGACUGACACAGUGGUUGACAGCAGUGUUUCUGGGGACCACUCUGGUACCUUGAGGAGGAGCCAGUCUGACAGGACCGAAUACAACCAGAAACUUCAAGAAAAGAUGACUCCCCAGGCCGGGGCUUCUGCCACUGAGACCCUAACUCAGGAGGAGCACCAGGUGCAGAAAAUGAUGGCAAAGCGUUCGAAAAUCAUUAAGGAGCUGAUACAGACGGAAAAAGACUACCUCAAUGAUCUCGAAUUGUGCAUUAGGGAAGUGGUUCAGCCCUUGAGAAAUAAACAGAUUGAUCGGCUGGACGUGGAUAGCUUGUUUAGCAACAUUGAAUCAGUGCAUCAGAUAUCAGCCAAACUGCUGUCAUUGCUGGAAGAGGCCACAACAGACGUGGAACCAGCCAUGCAAGUAAUCGGAGAAGUAUUCUUGCAGAUUAAAGGACCACUGGAAGAGAUUUAUAAAAUCUACUGCUACCACCAUGAUGAGGCGCACAGCAUACUGGAAACCUAUGAAAAGGAAGAAGAGCUGAAGCAACAUUUGAGCCACUGUAUCCAGUCCUUAAAGAACAUAUACAUGCAAGAAGGCAAACCAAACUUACUGGACAUGGGCUCUUUGAUGAUCAAACCAAUCCAGCGUAUAAUGAAAUACCCCCUCUUGCUGUGUGAACUUCGAGGCUCCACCCCUCCCUCCCACCCAGACUUCAGGGCACUGGGAGAUGCCUUCACUGCAGUGAAAGACGUUAAUGUGAACAUCAAUGAACUUAAAAGACGGAAAGAUUUAGUUCUAAAAUACAAGAGGAAUGAUGAGGAAGAAUCACUUAAAGAUAAAUUGUCUAAACUAAACAUUCAUUCAAUUAGCAAGAAAUCAAAACGAGUGACAAAUCACCUAAAGAUUCUGACCAGAGGAGAGCCACAGGUGAAAGACAAUACCUUCAAUAGAGAAGAAAAGCUGUUCAGAUCUUUAGAAAAGACGGUGAGGCACUGUAUGAAGAACAUUACACUCUGUCAUCAACACAUCCAGGAUGCCAUGCCCUUAGCGCUGCAGAGUGUGAUGGCGCUCCAGGAGAUCUCAUGCAACAAAGAUAAGGAGGAGAGGAGCCAUUCGGAGACCCCAAGUAAUGCCCCCAAUCCCUGCAGUGACUUUGCAGCCCAUUUACAGAGGCUUGUCCUGAUGCCCCUGUCGGCCCUGCUGUCCUUAUUCACGGGGCCGCAGAAGCUCAUCCAGAAACGCUAUGACAAACUGCUGGACUGCAACAGCUCCCUGCCACGGGUAGCCGGAGAUGAGACAGACCUGGCCAAAAAGGAGUACGAGGCCCUCAAUGCCCAGCUCGUGGAGGAGCUCCAGGUGUUCAACCAGGCUGCUCGAAAGAUCCUGUGGAACUGUCUGUGCAGUUUCAUGGCUCUCCUCAGAGACCUGACCCUCGCGGCUCAGCAGGUUUAUUCCACCGUGGCGCCGGUACCACAGUUAGACUCAAGAAUCUCUGAAAUUCAGAAUCGAGUACUAGAAGAGGUUCAAAAUCUUAAUUUUGUGAAGGACAACAGUGCCACUUUUAUUGAGAGGAAACUUAGUUUUGAAAAGAAGAAGUCUGUGCAAAUUCUGCCAGAAGUGCCCCGUCAAACUGAUAUUCACCGCUCCAAACUACUAUCCACAUACGGUAAAGAAGAACUCUACCAAGCGAAACGCAAGUGUAACGCUACCCAAGAAUAUGACAUCAAUCUUCUGGAAGGGGAGUUGGUGGCUGUGGUGGAACAGAAGGAUCCGCUGGGGAGUACAAGCAGGUGGCUUGUUGAUACAGGAAUUAUAAAAGGGUAUGUGUAUUCCUCCUUCUUAAAACCCUACAAUCCAGCGAAAGUACAGAAGGUGGACACUGAGAACAGGUUUGGUGAUGACGAUUUUGAUAACAUCAGCCUCUUCGUGUCCUCGCGGCCAGCUACUGACAGUGUCACAGGCACCCCGGAAAGUAGCAUAAGUGAUAGCAGCUCAUCUCUUAGUGGCACAUGUGGGAAGUUUGAAACAAACGGCACGGAUGUUGACAGUUCUCAAGAGGUAGAUGAACAGAUUUUCUAUGCAGUUCAUGCCUUUCAAGCACGAAGUGACCAUGAACUCAGUCUUCAGGAAUAUCAAAGAGUACAUAUCCUUAGAUUUUGUGACCUAAGUGGCAAUAAAGAGUGGUGGUUAGCUGAAGCUCAGGGGCAGAAAGGAUAUGUGCCAGCUAACUACCUUGGGAAGAUGACUUAUGCUUAAGAAAAGAAGCCUCAAGUUAUGGACUACCUCAUAAAACUUACAUUACAAAAUGUUGGUCUAGAAGUUAAGAAACCACCCAACUACAUGAACUGAUCCUGUAUCAAGUUUUAAGGAAGACUGUGCUUCCUAACAAGAUUAUUUCAAAAUGUAUGUUGAAGAAUACAUAUUGAAGGAAACACUUAACAAUCACAAACAGCAGAACAAAUAACUCAAGCUCAAGAAACAGACCGCUCAAGCUCCAAGUAUCAACUACGUAAAAGUGGAGAUCUUUGAAAAGGUAAAUGUCUUAUCAACAUGAAAGGUUGGACCUAAGGUUAAGAUUUUUUUCAAUUUAUUUUAUUGUGUAUUUUGCCUCAAAUUUUUUGAUUCUUAUUCUCUCUUUUGCAUAUGUGUGCACAUAUAUACUCUAUACCUAUAAUCAUAUUCACUAUAUGGUUUAUACAUAUAUAUAUGUGUAUAUCAUAUAGAUUAUACACAUUUAUGCAUAAGGAAAUAUAUAAAUACACUUAAGUAUAGGAAUUAACAGCCAACUAAAAGUCUUUGAGGUGGAACAUCUCUUUCAUAUAAGUUUUGAAUGAAAACAAAAUCAAGUCACAUAAGAUCUAACAUUUACUGAAUGUAUUCUACAUGCCAGAAAUUUUUCUAAAUGCUUUAUAUGUGGUAGCUUAUUUGAUACUCACAACAUUAUGAUGAGACUGUGGCCCAGAGAGGUGAAGUAAUUUAGCCCAAGUAACACUGUUAGUAAGUGGUAGGGCUGGACUCAAACCUAGGUCUAGUUCUGGGGUGCAUACUCUUAAACAAUAUGCUGUACUAACCCUCGGGAAUGUACACAUUUGCUAUCAGCAAAGAAACUAAUGAUAUUGAUAAGGACCAUUAUAAUUGUCUCAGGUCCAUAUUUAAGUAUUGAGAAGUUUUUCAAAAUCAAGGGUUACAAGAACUUCCAUGAUGUUAAUCUAGAGAAAAUGAAGUAUCUAGGUUUAUUAUUUUUAUUUUUUGUUGUUGUUGUUUAAACAUUUUUUAAAGUAUAAUUGCUUAAAAAAUGAUCCUGCAUGAUUGCUAAUGUUACUUGAAUGGAAAUAUUUUUGGAUCACUCAAUCAUUUGGAUAAUGAAUGAGGAAUGUGUGUUCCAUGUUCUGAGCCAAGAUGUAAAUAUUUUUAGUUGCUGAUUUGUACUUAGAUAUGGCAGGCAUUAAGGAUAACAUUUGCUGAAACACAAUGUCCUGGGACACCGACAUCAAUUUGGGAAUACCUCAAAACUGUCCCCUAAGAUGUCAGGCAUAUUUUGUCAAGACAUUUUAAUUGACCUGUAGAUGCUUCUUUAGAACAGUAAAAAGAUUAAAUUUGACUUAAUGGUUUCCUUUAUACCAAGAUAAGGUGGAGUUACAUUGCUCACACAGAAUAUGCUGAUAUGACAUAAGAUUGUAAGAUUUGUUACUUUGAGAGAUUUCAUCUCUGUAAUGUAUAGUUACAUGUAUUACUGAGGAUUACAAAUAACAAAAUGAAGAGUGCUGCUUUUCAGAUGGCUGUUUAAUGUAUGUAUAUGACAUAUACAACCCCAGAAAUUUAUAAGACAUCUACAUGACAAAAAUUUUGAUUUUAUACUAUUGUUCCUGAAAUACUUAAUCUAAAGAUGAUUUUAUGAGGUUCUAAUAGCAAGUUUCUUUUACCUAACAUUUUCUUGUUUUGAGUUUGGAAACCAAAAGAGGAUUCUCUUUUUUGGAUAUAUGGGGACUUCCUUACGUCUUUUAAAUAGUGCUUUGUACCCAAUGAUGAAAUAUAAGUAAAUUCCAGUUUGUCUAGGGUAAAGCAAAAGAAAAUCCAAACUUGCUACUUGUGGUAACUAUGAAUAUUCCCAACAAACAAACUAGUGGGAAAAUUGUAUAUAUACUUAAUGUAUAUUAAAUAUGAAUUUAAUAUAUAUUUAGUAUAUAUUACUGUACAUAUGUAUGUAAUAGUUUUAUAUAUAACAGUAUAUAUCAAAUAUAUAUAUAUUCAAAUUAGCUGUGACCUUAAUGUUUUCUUCAAAAUGAAAAAUUGUUGAGGUAGUACAUAUCUACUUUUCUGGCUGAAAUACGUGACGAUGUAUAUGAGAAGCUUUGUCUACUUGUGUGGUCCUAGGAUUGAUGCUUCUUGUCUGACGUUUUUAGAAGCCACACCACUGAAGUCACAGGUACAGUUGGCUGCUGAGCAAGUGUUGUAAUGAAGCCACCUACUGCACCCUCUUAUAUUACUAUUAAACUAUGUUGUUGCUAUUUUAAAAAUACACCUACAUUUUUCAUAUGCCACCUAGACUUUUAUUUUUUUAACAUUUUGCAAUACCGUCAUUUUCUUAGUAUUUUGUUUAAAAUCAAGUAAUUGUAAUUUUGAGGUUGGGGUUAUUUUGUUGUAUUUCCCAGGGGAAAUAUAAUUCAAAGAUAAUUAUGAUGUAUGUAACUCCUUAAGAAGUUUACAAAGAUAAAACUUAUUGGUGACAUCAUUAUAAUUAAGGCAUUAAGAAAAAGUUCUUUCUUUAUAUUUUAAAAUUUAAAUGCUACUGUACAGCAUAGAAUUCUCUGAAAUGGGUAUUUUUGCCAAGAAGGAGAAAUUUUUGUGGCUUUUAUUUUUUUUUUUGUAAAACAAAUAAACAAGUGUAUGUACACA